AUGCCGAAGCAACCGAUGCGCCUGCCCCCUGUCAAGGUGCUCCGCGUCAAGCAGCCCAACAAGAAGGCCGCCAACCCUUGCAUAGCAGUCAUGACCUCAGUUCUGGCGUGCUGGGCCUCGGCAGGUUACAACACCCAAGGCUGCGCCGCCCUCGAGAACUCCCUCCGCGCCUGCAUGGACAAGCCACCGGCUCCCAAGACCGGCUCCUCCCCGAUCAACCACCACCUCGGCCGCAUGUACGACCGCGUCAUUCCCCACAAGAAGGAUGUCAAACCCACCAAGGACAACCAGUAA